CGCCCCGCCUUGGUGCUGGGAGGGAGCGGAGCGGGACGCAGCCCGUACACGGCUUUUAAAGCGUACUGAUUUGGAAGCGAGCUGCGUUAUCCAGCCACCACGUCGAGGAAAACAAGAUUUAAACUAGCCUGUUUUUUCAUUUCCGUUUGGGAAAGAUUUACGGAAUAAUGUGGGUUACUGACACAACAGUGGGAUAGAUGUGUUUGUGUUGUUUUUGUCGCCUUUUUAUUUAGUCGCUGGGAAUCUCUGCGCUUCAACUCGGGAAGUCUGCGCUGACAUUCCCUCUCUCGGCUCUUCCUCUGCUUUUGCCGCAUGAGGAGGAAAUGGCAACCGCACUCGGUGGUCGGAGUGUGGGCGCGCGCGCCCCGAACCCCAGGAAAGGGCGCAUUUUGGGAAUAAUCGACGCCAUUCAGGACGCGGUGGGACCCCCGAAACAGGCCGCGGCCGACCGGCGAGCUGUGGAAAAAACAUGGAAACUCAUGGACAAAGUGGUGAGGCUGUGUCAGAAUCCCAGGCUCCAGCUGAAAAACAGCCCUCCUUACAUCCUCGACAUCCUGCCGGACACGUACCAGCACCUGAGGAUGAUCCUGUGCAAGUACGAGGAGAACCAGAAACUCGCACAGCUCAGCGAGAACGACUACUUUAAAGUCUACAUCGACAGCCUGAUGAAGAAAUCGAAAAGGGCAAUCCGUCUCUUAAAAGAGGGCAAGGAGAGGAUGUACGAGGAGCAAACCCAGGACAGACGAAACCUCACCAAGCUGUCGCUCAUCUUCAGCCACAUGCUGGCCGAGAUUAAAGCCAUCUUCCCUGAAGGCCAGUUUCAGGGAGACACCUUUCGCAUCACCAAGGCCGACGCAGCCGAGUUCUGGAGGAGGUUUUUCAGUGAAAAGACCAUAGUGCCAUGGAAAGUGUUUCGUCAGUGCCUUCACGAGAUGCAUCCCAUCAGCUCAGGCCUGGAGGCCAUGGCCCUCAAGUCCACCAUCGACCUCACCUGCAAUGACUACAUCUCAGUCUUUGAGUUUGACAUUUUCACACGUCUAUUCCAGCCCUGGGGAUCAAUUCUGAGGAACUGGAACUUCUUGGCAGUGACUCACCCAGGCUACAUGGCCUUCCUGACAUAUGACGAGGUGAAGGCGCGACUGCAAAAGUACAUUAACAAGCCGGGCAGUUACAUCUUUCGGCUGAGCUGCACGCGCCUGGGCCAGUGGGCCAUCGGCUAUGUCACUAGUGAUGGGAACAUCCUGCAGACCAUCCCCCACAACAAACCGCUCUUCCAGGCACUCAUCGAUGGCUACCGGGAAGGCUUUUAUCUGUUUCCUGAUGGUCGCAGUUAUAACCCAGACCUGACUGGCCUGUGUGAACCCACCCCACAUGACCACAUUAAAGUUACACAGGAGCAGUACGAGCUGUACUGUGAGAUGGGCUCCACGUUUCAGCUGUGCAAAAUUUGUGCAGAGAAUGAUAAAGACGUGAAGAUCGAGCCAUGCGGGCACCUGAUGUGCACUUCCUGUCUCACCGCAUGGCAGGAGUCAGAUGGUCAGGGCUGUCCCUUCUGUCGCUGUGAGAUCAAGGGCACAGAGCCAAUUAUCGUGGACCCGUUUGACCCCAGGAACGAAGGCGCCAAGUGCUUCUUUCUGGAGCAGUUUAACUCGCCCAUGCUAGACCUAGACGACGACGAUGAUCGAGAUGAUUCGUUGGUGAUGAACGGCCUGACCAACAUCAGGAAGUGUACAGAGCUCCAGAACUCCCCCAUUAUGUCUCCCAGCUCUUCUCCCGUAAGCCAGCGCAGGAAACCUGUAGCGGAUCAUGCAGGUGUUCAGCAUCUGGGUCUGCCUCCAGUACCACCCCGCCUUGACCUCAUCCAGAAGGGUGUGAUCCGCUCGCCUGCGGCCAGCCCCACUGGCUCACCAAAGGGCUCACCAGGUGCGUCCAGGAAACAGGACAAGCCGCUACCGGCUCCUCCACCUCCUCAGAGAGACCCUCCUCCUCCACCUCCUCCUGAACGCCCUCCUCCCAUCCCCCCUGAGAGCAGAGCCGCCUGGCUGGCAGUGCCUACCUCCUCUUCAGGGCUUCCCCGGGACUUGUCACUGCCCUCAGAGGCCUGGAGCCCAAAAGAUACCAGUCACCUAGCGGAGGGCAGAGCAGGAGUGGAGCGCUCUCCCAAACUUGCCCACGUUGCUCCUGCUCACCUCAAUGGAAGACCCCUGAGCUGCAGUGCCAUCGGCUAUAGACCAGAUACACACAUGGACUGUAGUAAGCUCACCAAUGGCCUUCUAACCUCUGAGAGGUAUGAUGUUCCGCCUCAACGCCAUUCCCCUCCUCCACCCUCCCUCACCAGCAACAACAACCAGAGGUUUUCGAACCCAUUCAGCAGCAUGUGCUUGGAGAGAUCUCGGAUAACAGACAAGGCAGAGGAUGAGUAUCAGAUCCCCUCCUCUCACCCUGUGUGCAUCACACAGCCUCCUGUGUGCAUCUCUGUCCGCAUCCCUAACAGGGCUUCAGAGAACUCAUCAGAUCUGAGCUCAGAAGGGAAGAAGCUGAAAACUCCAGAGCAAGGUGGGUUUGACUCGGGUGUGUCUGUUUCCGGUGUGGUUCCUGCCACACAAUGUCCAGUCCACAACAACCGGACUCCAGCAGACUAUGACAUCCUUCUGCCCCCACAAGCCUUGCCAGCAGAAGAUCCAUUUAACACUGCGCCUCCAUCACAGCCUCCUCCUCCACCCCCUGUUAGACACAGCUUCCCAGAAGCCUCCUCCUCCUCGUCUCCAUCCUGCCCCAGAGCUGCUCGGCCCUCAUCCGGACACUUCAUUCUCAGCUCAGAUGCUUUCCUGGACGUUCUGAGCAGUUCAGCCCCUCUACCGCCUGUUCGGAGACAGACAGGGGAAAGUACAUUCAGAAACUCGCAAGAGUACGACCAGCUGCCUCCUACAUCACUGGCCGGAGAUUGUCUGCAGGCACCCGCGAGACCGCCUAAGCCCUUUCCUCGCAAGACCCCUCCAGAGAUCCUGCAUCGGAGACCCCCUGAGUACUCGCAUGAGAACGUGGAUGCCAAAAUCGCCAAGCUGAUGGGCGAGGGCUACUCGUUCGACGAUGUCAAGAGGGCGCUGAUGAUUGCUCAGAAUAAAGUGGACGUAGCACGCAACAUUUUGCGUGAGUUUGCCCUGGUGGCGCCAAGACUGAACCUGUAGCCAAAUGCCCUCCGUCCUCCGUCUGACUCAACACGGGCGCCAGACGGGCAGCAUGCAGGGUGACACCCCUACUGACCUGGCUCAGAUUACAGGCAUCCGGCAGAGUCUGGGACUUGGAGAGAGAGUGAGAGAGAGAGACAUGGGCAUGAUGCCCAGCCGGGCUCGGGGAGGAAAGUAAAGGGGUCAAAACAUGGAACCUGUGAAAAAGCCUUGUGUUUACAGUGCUGUGCCGCGUGGUGGCUUUAUGCUGCUGCUGCUCUCUGCUCAGUGCCACUCUGUUUUGCUCUGUUUAGUAGAGGAGCUGCAAAUCUGUUCAUACAGCUCAUAUUUUGCUGCAGACUGCUGCAUAUCCAAGUAGGACUGGAAUCGACUGAAUUAAAAUUGAAAUUAAAUUGAACUCUGUCCUGACUGUUGAUGUUGCCAGUUUGUUGCAGGCUGCUGUUGCCUCUCCUGCCAGCUGUGCUGUUGCUGCUGCAAGCCUUAGUCUAACACACAUAAACACACACACACACACACACACCUUUUGUAGUUUUACAGUUCUGUCCAAGUCAUCUUUUGUUUUCAUGGUGAUCGGUUGAAUCUUAAAUUACACCCCAUAGGGUGUGUGUGUGUGCUUUGCUUUUAUGGCUGCUCCCUCCCUCUGAGUGAAGAACUGUGAGAAAGACAAACUCUACUAGUGAGAACAGUAGAGUGCAUCCUUUUACAGUGACACAUUAUCUCCCAUUUUGCAAUUUAAUGAAGUCCAUUUCAUUCCACUAGAGAGAGAGAGAGAGAGAGACAAAGAGAGGUAGAGAUGACUGCAGUGGAUUGUAGCUGAUGCAUUACAACCUUUUUUUUUUUAUUAUUUACGAUCAACUCAAAUCAAGUCCUGCCUAAAGCUCUGCAUACAUUGUGUGGUUUAUAAUGAUUUAUGAUCAUUUUAAAAAUUCAACAUACUUGCGUAACAUGGAAUAUCGAUUUACUGCCUGCUUUGCCGGAGGAAGUGCCUCCAAGCCUCCAUCCUUUUGCAGAAUAUUUCUUUUUAUACAUUGGCAACUCCUAUGGGAUGAGGAGUCACUGACAUUGUUGCCCACAGCAGAUUAAAUUUUUCUUGUAGCUUGACUCAGCAGUACAUCUCUACCUAUGUCACUUCUCUCUCAAACAAAUAAGAAGUUCUUACAGGCCACCACUGCAGCAUUUAGCAUAAAACACUGGGGUAAAUCUGCUUUCUUUUGCCUCCGACAGUAGCAAGAACAAGCUGCUAAAAAUGAACCUGAUUGUAAAGGAUUGCCAAAACAUUGCCAUGCCCAUGCAGAGCUGCAUUUCCUAAAAUAUAGCACGAUUAGUUAUGCCUUAAAGGUGCCCUAGUUAUUGGAGUGCCAUGCAGGGUACAUUUGCAGCAAGUCCUUAUCAAGGCUUGAAUUUCAUUAACAUACUGUACAUCUGCACAUGCUUUCUCUUUCGCUUUAAUGUGCCACAUUUUUCUCUGUAGCUGCCAAACAGAAGGCCUCUGAAUGUAUUUGGUCCUGUUGAGCUUCAUUUCCAGAGGAAUUGCAUUUGUAUAAAUGAGUGCAGUCUCAUAGCCAUGCAUCCUGUGUGUAAAGCCCUGAGGUCAUUACCAGGACUAGUCAGCUAUCAGCAGCCACUUUUCUGAGCUGCUCGCUUUCUUUAAAAAUAAAGAUUAUCAUUAAAAUUGCAUUUCCUUCAUGGUUGAACAGUUACAUUGUGAAGGCUAUCAGGUUGCAGCCGUCGGCUCUAGUCGUCUGGCACUGAGAGGAAACAUUUCCUCUGGUUUUGACUUUCCAGACAUUUGAAAACAUCCUGAUGUUAUCAUUUCAAAUGAAGGAUGUAUGUGUUGUUUUCUUGUAAAGCUUAUAGUAGUCAGAGUUGAGUUAUGAGGAGAGAUGAGUUAGCAGCGACUAACGUAACACUCCAUCUAACAAUUCAAACUAUUGAUCGAGACCUUUUAAAUGUUAAACCAGAUGAGAGCAGUUAUUUGUGGUCCCUAAUCAGAUCAGAUUUGCGUCACACACUUUUUCACUUAAAGCUUUGUUUUUUGCACUGGUCUCUCUUCGCCCUGCUUCAGCUGUCAAGUCCUCACCAGAGCACACCCCUCUUUCCAACCCACACAAACAAAGUGGCCUUUGAUAGGAUUGCAGAGGGCGGGACAGUUUCUGUUUUCUUUUUUCUUUCUUUUUUUUUUAUGAUGACUUUUUUAAUGAUUUUUUUUCUCAGUGAAUAAUCCUUUGUGGAUCAUGUAAUGUGUGCAAUUUAUUUAUACUUUGUUAAAAAAAAAAUCCUGAGAUUAUUUUCAUUGUUCUGUAAUGAUGUUAUCUUGCGAUCUGUUCUUGUGAAAAUGUUUUAUAAAAGCCAGUAUUAACAUUAA